AAGUUGAAACAAAGGUUCGACAAAACCGAACCAGAUUUAGUUCAGCGAUUCCGGUUUAGUCAUCGCGUCCAACAACCAGAUGAGUCAGCCGAGGAUUUCGUCUUGGCGGUAAAACUCCAAGCGGAAUUCUGCGGUUUUGGCGGGUUUAAGGACAUUGCUAUUCAAGAUAGAAUUCUGCAUGGACUUAGAGAUGAGGCAUUGAAGCAAAGGCUUCUGAAUGAAGAAAACUUAACCCUUGAAUCUAUGGACAAAUUCAUUACAACAUGGAAUAUAGCAAAAGACAAUGCGAAAACUAUUAACACGGGGUUUCCUCAGGGUUCUCGGAUAAAUCAACUGCUUCAGGUUUAUAAUACGGCAAGGGACAGUCCGGUUAAAGAACAUGAAAAGGGAUGCAGUAAAGUUCGUGGAUGUUGCGAAACCGGGUACGAGCGCGGAGAAAGACCUGAGCACUUUAAUGGGCAGAAUGUCGACGUUUCAGGGAGCUGACAAUGACAGCGAUGAUGAUGAAUGGAAUUCAGGUGAUUUGCAGUAUAGCAAUUGGAAGCGCUCUCACCAUGGCCCACCGAAGUCAGCUUAGGUGCUACAAGGGGCAAACUCCGCAGCCGAGACAAAACGUGUGGCUGGGAGUCGGUACGGGUGGUAGAGAUGCUACGGUCGAAGAACGAACUGGAAUUGAAGAACGAAACCAAGAGGACACCGAAGAAGUUAACGCUGGAAGCGGCUCUGAUGAUGAACCAUUUAGGGGAUUCCCUAUGGUUCCGGCAAAGGCCAGAAAGCGAAACGCGACUUCGGCGGACUUGCCGAACGUGUGUCUACGGCGAUCGAAGAGGGUCCGCAAGCGAAACGAAGAUCCGGAGUUCAGUUAUUCGUAGGGUAUAAGUUCAAAGUGAUGAAUUAUCGAUAAAAUGAAUUGAUUUAGGAUUAAAGUUAAUUUGAAGUUGUUAAGUUUGAUAAAUGAUAUUUCAAGUUCGAAUUUUUUGAAAUAUAAAUACUAAUGUAUUAAUUAAAAA